CGGUCUGGAUUACAUUGAAGAACUUCCUGUAGACAUUCCAACUGAAUUGCUCAGUAAGCUUCGUAAGCUGCCCAUUGAGAAAUUGGACAUGAUUCCUCUAGGAAAGCUGCCAUUAGAAAAACUGGAAAAGCUUCCUUUGGAUAAGGUCCCACUAGAAAAGCUUCCUUUGGAUAAGGUACCACUAGAAAUGCUCCCUGGCGGAUUACUUGGGGGAAGUGGCAAGUUCGUGCCGGAAUAUCUCCCUGCUGAAGAACAAGCACCAGUUUCUGCGAGUGCAGUUGCAGCUGCGAUUGUUGAAUUUUAACAGUUUCUAGCUGAAAAGGGCUUGGGAGAAGUAGUGCUAGGCGGUCUGGAUUACAUUGAAGAACUUCCUGUAGACAUUCCAACUGAAUUGCUCAGUAAGCUUCGUAAGCUGCCCAUUGAGAAAUUGGACAUGAUUCCUCUAGGAAUGCUGCCAUUAGGAAAACUGCAAAUGGUUCCUUUGGAUAAGGUCCCACUAGAAAAGCUUCCUUUGGAUAAGCUCCCAAUAGAAAAGCUCCCUGGCAGAUUAUUUGGGCGAAGUGCCAAGAGGCCUUCUAUUGAGAAUCGGUCAGAGUCUCAAGCAUCCGUGUUCAUGCCGGUAUAACUCCCUCCUGGAGAACAAGCACCAGUGUUUGUGCCAGAAGAUCUCCCUGUUGAAGGACAAGCACCUGUGUUUGUGCCAGAAGCACCUGUGUUUGUGCCAGAGGAUCUCCAUGUCGAAGGACAAGCACCAGUGUUUGUGCCAGAGGAUCUUUAUGUUGAGGAACAAGCACCAGAGUUUGUGCCAAAGGAUAUCUAUGUUGAGGAACAAGCA